UUCCCUCACCUUAUUUCUCAAACUAUUGGUGACUGAACAACUCUAGGGUUCCAAAGCCUAUUUACGCCGGAAAAUCAACACAAUGGAACUUCUGGAAAGUGGGUUAGAGGGUAUCAGUCGAAUAGAACUAGCUCAAUCACCACUGAUAUGUGGGCUUCCAGAUGACAUUGCUCUUAUUUGCUUGGCAAGGGUUCCUCGGAAGUACCAUACACUCCUCAAAUGUGUUUCGAGGAGAUGGAGAGACUUGGUGAGCAGUGAAGAGUGGCAUGCUUAUCGUCAAAAGCAUAAACUAGAUGAACCCUGGAUUUAUGCCUUGUGCAGAGACAAGUUCGAGCGGGUUUGCUGUUAUGUGUUGGAUCCCUACUCAACACGAAGGUCUUGGAAGCUCAUUGAAGGCUUUCCACCUCGCAGCUUGAAGAGAAAAGGAAUGUCGUUUGAAGUGCUGGGAAAGAAAGUUUACCUGUUGGGUGGCUGUGGUUGGCUUGAAGAUGCUACUGAUGAAGUUUACUCCUAUGAUGCUUCCACAAACCGGUGGAGUGAAGCAGCUCCACUGUCAACUGCAAGAUGCUAUUUUGCUUGUGAAGUUCUAAAUGGAAAGAUCUACGCCAUUGGAGGGUUAGGCUCAAAAUCAAAUGAUCCACAUUCUUGGGAUACUUAUAACCCACAUACAAACAGUUGGAAAUCUCACUCGGACCCUAACAUUGUGCCUGACAUUGAAGAUUCCAUAGUUCUGGAUGAGAAGAUUUAUAUCCGCUGCGGCACUUCUGCUUUGACUUCUCAUGUGUAUGCAGUUGUUUACAAUCCAUCCCAUGGCACAUGGCAGCAUGCUGAUGCUGACAUGGUGUUAGGAUGGCAGGGUCCAGCUGUUGUUGUAGAUGGGAUUCUUUAUGUGUUGGACCAGAGGUUGGGAACUAGGCUGAUGAUGUGGCAGAAAGAGAGUAGGAAGUGGGUGGCAGUCGGCAGGCUGUCACCUCUUCUUACACGUCCACCUUGUCGGCUUGUUGCAAUCGGGAAUAGCAUUUUUGUCAUAGGGAAGGGGCUUAGCACUGUGGUUUUCGACAUUGGCAAUGCGGGGAAUAUGGGAGGGGUAAUGGUGAGUUCUUCUAUUCCCAAAUUAACUUCUGAUGAUGAUGUAAUUAGCUGUAAGAUUUUAGCUAUUUGAAUUGUGUUCUAAUCUUAGGCAGCUCAAGUGAUUUCUAAUUGAUUGAAUCUGUUGAAAUGUAUGUAAUUUUGUAAAAACUCAUAUUGCUAUGCACUUAAUGCAAAUUAUGCAAUAUUGUCAAAUUCCAUAUCAUUUUACAUACUACCCAAAA